AUGGAAGACAAUUCGUCCGAUAUGUGGAAACACUUUUUCUACGUCGAUUUCUCUUCUCAACAGUCAACCAUCUCCCGGAUGUACCCGUGGGACGAAACCUCCGAACGCCGCCUCCUCCUCCUCUGCCUCGCAUCGGCCAAACCGGACUUGAACGAGGUCGCCGAACAGUUCGGUGAGGGCGUUACAGUUAAGGCUAUCAACCACAAGCUGGCGAGGUUGAGGGCGAGUGUCGCUCUCGAUCAGGCUGCUACCACGUCGACAACGAGCCGCAAGGGCAAGAAGAGGAAGUCGGACGCCAGUGAAGAGAUGCCAUCUCCAAGGAGGACCAGAGAUGUGAAGAAAGACAAGGAAGUCGGUGGUGAAUCAGACGAGGUUGAUGAGGAGGAACAGGUAGUUCAGAGCGGAGGGAAUGAUGAUACGGACGUGGUGAAGGAGUGACAAGAAGUGAUGUGACUACUACUUACCUAUAACAUCAAUAUUGCCACAUACGUAUUUAGUUAUUAAUCAAGGUUAGGGAUGC